UUCUUUCCGGUUUUUCAGGAAUGCCGAGGUGAUCGAUACCGUUGACGCGUGUCGUGUGAUAUUAUGUUAGCACCAGUGGGUCAUUGCCGGGAAAAGGUUUUCAGUUUAUUCAUUGCUUGAAUUCGGCGCAAGACGCUAGUUCAGCUGUAUAGAGUCACCAUGAGCUUCACGAGCGACGAGGUGAAUUUCCUCGUCUACCGGUAUUUGUUGGAAUCGGGAUUUCAUCAUUCCGCAUUCACAUUCGGAAUGGAGUCCCAUAUUUCCCAAUCCAACAUCAAUGGAGCUUUAGUUCCACCAGCAGCCCUUCUUAGCAUUAUCCAGAAAGGACUACAAUACGUUGAAGCGGACAUCAGCCUCGCUGAUGACGGAACUGAAAGAGAAAUAGAUCCCCUUUCGCUUAUCGAUGCUGUUGUACCCGACGUGCUUUCAGCAAGGCAGCAACAAUGUGAAAAGCAGGCCCAAAGGCAAGGUGGCCAGAAGGGCAAAGAUUCGCCAUCAUCCCCGAAUGCAGCCGCCGAAGACGGUUUCGAUGGAACCGCCGGUGAUACGGGUGCAACUGGCGGCGCAACGGUGACACAGAACGGCGGCGGUUCCUUGACAGGCGGUGAUGUAUCGAGUAUUCGAAUUGGUACCCCCGGAUCCCUCAGUACUUUGCCGGACGAUACUCCGCCCGGUGUGAAAAUUCCGGCGAACAAAUCCACUAUUCUUCGUGGUCACGAGUCCGAGGUCUUCAUUUGUGCCUGGAACCCGGUCACGGACUUGUUAGCUUCAGGGUCUGGUGACAGCACGGCUAGGAUAUGGAACUUGAACACAGCAUCGGGAGAAGUGAACGGGUUGCCGAGCUCGAUACCCAACCAAAUCCCACCAGUACAACAAAACACGGGCCCAGGUCCGCACAUCGUCAACGACUCGUCUUCGCAACUGGUUCUCCGACACUGCAUUCAGCGCGGCGGCGCAGAAGUGCCGUCCAAUAAGGACGUCACUUCCUUGGACUGGAACAGCGACGGCACUUUGCUGGCCACUGGCUCGUACGACGGCUACGCUCGGAUCUGGACGACAGAUGGGAAACUCGCAUCUACGUUGGGCCAGCACAAGGGCCCGAUUUUCGCGCUCAAGUGGAACAAGAAGGGCAAUUAUAUUCUGUCGGCUGGUGUGGACAAGACGACUAUUAUUUGGGACGCCGCGACGGGUCUGUGCACGCAGCAAUUUGCGUUUCAUUCCGCGCCGGCGUUGGACGUGGAUUGGCAGACGAACACGUCGUUUGCGUCUUGCUCCACUGACCAGACGAUUCACGUGUGCAAGCUGGGGAUGGAGCGGCCGAUCAAGAGCUUCCAAGGGCAUACGAAUGAAGUGAAUGCCAUCAAAUGGGAUCCGCAAGGCCAAUUAUUAGCCUCAUGUUCGGACGACAUGACGCUGAAAAUUUGGUCAAUGAAGCAGGACGGUUGCGUUCACGAUUUGCAGGCGCAUCGGAAAGAAAUCUACACAAUCAAGUGGAGUCCCACUGGACCCGGAACUGCGAAUCCCAACGUGAACCUGAUUCUUGCAAGUGCAUCAUUUGAUUCGACGGUGAGAUUGUGGGACGUGGAGCGCGGUGUUUGCAUUCACACGCUGACGAAGCACCAGGAACCCGUGUAUUCCGUGGCGUUUUCCCCGCAAGGCAAGUACUUGGCCUCGGGCUCCUUUGACAAGUGCGUGCACAUUUGGUCCACGCAAACUGGCCAACUGGUCCACUCGUACAAGGGCACUGGUGGCAUAUUCGAGGUUUGCUGGAACGCGCGCGGCGACAAAGUCGGUGCUUCUGCCUCUGAUGGCUCAGUGUUUGUGUUGGAUCUGCGGAAAUAGAGAAUGUGCAGGAUUGUUUCUGGAAGGCUUGCUCGUCUUUUGCUCAUGACUUCAAUAACGGGAUUGGCUUGGAACUAGUCCUCACACCGUCUUUGCAUCACUUGCCGUUUUAUGAGAAGUUUUUUUGUUUGUUCGUUCGGUUCCGUUCAUUUACAUUAUGAGGGUGUACAUUUGUGAUAAUUGGGCGUUUCUUACUGUCGAACUUUUUUUUGCUUCAUCCAAAAGCGUGUGUGGACAAAUCCUUGAUUUUGAUCUGGGCCGAGGCAUAUUUUUGUACUUGGUGAGAAGGGUGGAUGGGUUUUUCCAAUGGUCUCUGUUUUUGAAGCGUUUUUUUUUUGUCAGUUGAGAAAGAAAAGAAAGAAAUCGAGGAAUUGAUACUCAAAAAACUUUUAAAUGCGUCUGGCUUUUUCCUCGAAUUGUAAGUGGGCAAAUUGACGUACAUUUGUUAUUUUCUCCCGAAAAUUUCGUUUGAUUUACUAUUCGCCUCUCGCGCAGUUAUUCUUCCAAUGUCAGUUUUUAUUUUUUAGAGGUUAUUUUUCGUGUGAUUGAUACGAAAUGUUUUGUUUCUGUUGCCUAAAUGCGGCCUCGCAUUUCAGUUUUUUUUUAGAUAUUUUUGCCUGUCAAGUUUUUUUUUUUUUUUUUGGACGAUGGAAUUAAUUCGGACGCAGUUUCGGGAUGAGCAAUUCGAAGAUAUCCAUGUCUGAUUGUCGAAGCACUUUCCCAGUGGACGUAGAUUUUUAAAUUUGAAAGCACAGAUCUGCGUUUUUGGUUGAAGAGUCUUCAGACCGCUUUCAUCAUUUUUUUUCCCGUCUUGACUCAGUGUUCUUAUUGUUGGAUCAGUCGAAGGAUUGUGUUUGGUUUUAACUCGUAAUUCCCAUUUAUUACUGUUGAUAAACGUGAAACAGAGAGAAAGAAAAGUGACUUCAUUAUAAAUGUGAGAAAAUCUGA